AUGGCUACCGCCCAAGAAACGGGCAAUCUGGGCCCCCCAAGAGCGAAUAAACUCUCCAGUGGGCAGUGGGCACCGGCCCACCAACUUCCACCACUCCACCAGGACCACUCCACCAGCACCACACCGCGCACAUCCACCCUCUCCAACCACGUUGUCAACUAUCACAUCACGUUCCUUCUUCCUCGUUCUGCUUUUCUCUUUUCCUCGAUCAUUCCUCCUCCUUCGCAUACCCCACCGCCUCCUUUCCCUCCAACAACGGCUGUGGUAGCUGUCCGCGGGUUCUUCCUGUCGCCCUGGAUCGUUGCGACACUGCCUGGAAAAUUUCUCUGUCUCUUUGUUUGUUUUUUCCAUAUCAGACGGCCGCUGCUCUCUCCAAGUAUCAACCUCCUCCGUUGA